CAUGGCGGAAUGUGUUCGACUUGACAGCAGCACAAGUAGUCACACCAUGGAUAAAAGCAUUACUCUUCCCCCAGACGAAAUAUUCCGCAAUUUGGAAAACGCAAAGCGGUUCGCGAUAGACAUAGGUGGAUCUCUCACAAAGCUUGCCUACUACUCAACUGUACAACACAAAGUGGCCAAAGUCCGAUCUUUCGACCACGCUACAAAGGAGGCUCCCAGUGACAAGCUCUAUGAAAUAUCGGUGCAGGAAGAGGUCACUGCACGCCUGCACUUUAUCAAGUUUGAAAAUGCUUACAUUGAAACAUGCUUGGACUUCAUCAAAGACCAUCUGGUCAACACGGACACCAAAGUUAUCAAAGCCACAGGUGGAGGGGCGCACAAGUUCAAAGAACUCAUUGAGAGGAAACUGGGACUCAAAGUGGACAAAGAGGAUGAGAUGACCUGCCUCAUCAAGGGCUGUAACUUUGUGCUGAGGAACAUACCCCACGAGGCUUUUGUGUACGCCAAGCACGCCGACUCAGAGUUCCGUUUUCAGACGACUCAACCAGACAUCUUCCCUUACCUGCUCGUCAACAUCGGCUCUGGAGUGUCAAUAGUCAAGGUUGAAUCAGAGGACAAAUUUGAGCGAAUAGGAGGGAGCUCAAUCGGUGGAGGGACGUUCUGGGGCCUUGGAGCCCUGCUCACCAAAACAAAGAGAUUUGAUGAGUUGCUACAAUUGGCUUCAAAAGGGCAGCACACAAGUGUCGAUAUGCUUGUCAAAGAUAUCUACGGAGGAUCUUACGGGUCUUUGGGCUUGACUGGAGAUCUUAUUGCGAGCAGUUUUGGAAAGUCUGCUACUGCUGACAAAGAGUUCUCUAAAGAAGACAUGGCCAAGAGUUUACUCCAUAUGAUCAGCAACGACAUCGGGCAGCUGGCCUGUCUGUACGCCAAGCUCCACAACCUGUCCAGAGUUUACUUUGGAGGCUUCUUCAUUAGAGGACACCCUGUCACCAUGCACACAAUCACUUACAGCAUCAACUUCUUCACCAAGGGUGAAGUUCAGGCCUUGUUUCUAAGACAUGAAGGUUAUCUCGGAGCCAUUGGAGCAUUUCUUAAAGGAGCAGAGGAGGACAAUCCAAACCAGUACAGUUGGGGUGAGAAUUAUGCGGGAAGCUCUGGCCUGAUGAGCGUUUCUCCGGAUAUGAAUCCCAUGCAACGUGCACGUAGUGGAACGUUUCCCUUUGACAUGUUGGAGAUGGACCGUCUGGAGAGAAAACUGGUGAAUCUGCCUCUGCUGCAGGACCCUUCAUCUUACAUCCCUGACACCAUGGACCUCACAGAGGACGCUCUGGCCCGUGAAUACUGGCUCUACUGCUUCGAAGAGGCCCUAGACGGGGUGGUUAAGCGAGCUGUAGCGAGCCAGCCUGACAUGCCAGAGGCAGCCCAGCGAGCCGAGAAGUUCCGCCAGAAAUACAGACACAAGCUCCAGACCCUCCGCCAACAGCCUUUUGCUUAUGGAUCCCUCACUGUCAGAAGUCUGUUAGACACGAGGGAACACUGUUUAAACGAGUUCAACUUUCCUGAUCCCUACUCUAAGAUUAAGCAGAAGGAGAAUGACAUGGCACUCAAGUAUUACCAGAAGGCAGUGAAGUCCCUGGAGGAGUUGAGCUGGGAGCAGAGACAGUUUGCCCUGGUCAGGGGCGUCCUGGCUGGGAAUGUGUUCGACUGGGGAGCCAAAGCCGUGUCAGAUGUCCUCGAGUCUGAUCCUGAGUUUGGGUUUGAGGAGGCUAAACGACAGUUGGAAGAGCGGCCGUGGCUUGUUGACUCCUAUGACCAGUGGCUUGAGAGACUAAAGGGUCCUCCUCAUAAGUGUGCCUUGUUUUUCGUAGAUAAUAGUGGAGUAGACAUCAUUCUAGGGGUGAUGCCUUUUGUCAGAGAGCUUCUCUCUCGAGGAACAGAGGUUGUGUUGGCAAGCAACUCUGGUCCGGCUUUGAAUGACGUCACGAAUGGUGAACUGCAAAUACUGACAGAAAGAAUCGCCGCCAUGGAUCCAGUGAUUCAGGCUGGUCUGAGGGAGGACAGAUUGAUGUUGGUCCAGAGUGGUUCCAGUUCACCCUGCCUGGAUCUGAGCCGCCUGGACAAGGUGCUAGCGAUGGUCGUGCGGGAGCGACAAACCGACCUGGUGAUCAUCGAGGGAAUGGGCCGAGCCAUUCACACCAACUACUACGCCAUGCUCAGCUGCGAGAGCCUCAAGAUGGCCGUCAUUAAGAACUCGUGGCUGGCCGACCGACUGGGAGGAAAGCUGUUCAGCGUGGUCUUCAAGUACGAGGUACCGGCUGGAAAACCCAGCCAGCACUCUGCAGCGCUGUCGCCCUUAUGAGCCCAACAGAAGCUCGUGUUUGAGCAGGACAGAACGCCGAAGUCGAGCAGCCAGAAUGGAUAAGCUGUAGCUCUGAAUGUAAGGAUGAUGAUACUGCCACUAAGUGAAUGAGUGAUCGGAAAGCUGAUUGUAAAAUUUAGGUGGGUUUUAAAGGUGAUCAUUAAAGGGUAACUUUGGUAUUUUUUAACCUGGACCUUAUUUUCCCAUGUUUUUGUGUCUAUGUGACUGAUGGGGACAUCGUUUUUAAAAAUGUAUCGAGUUAGAUGUGAAAAUAUUCUGGCUCUACACACUGUUUCUCCCUGCUGCCUCUCUGAUGCCCUCUUGUCCAUCUCCCGACAUUUUCACAUCUAACUCGUUGAAUUAAGGAUUUAUUUCGACCAAACCAGAGUUGUUGAUUGUUGGAACAGUGGAAAGAGUCUGGUGGCUUUGAACAGAGCAAUAUAAUUGCUGUUUCUGGUUAAACAAAAAGGAUCUUGCUCUUUAACAAAAAGGUGUAUCUUUGUAGGGAUGCUUCCCAUAAUGUUGUCAGACAGUAAUAAUAAUAACAAUCUGAGUGUGUCAGUGGCAAAAACAAGGAUUGCAGUUGACAUUUGUUUUCCUUCUGCUGGCUGCAGUCCUCUCACUCAAUACUGGACCAAUUUCAGACAUUUUUUAAUCACUCUCACAAAAACAUGGGAAAAUAGUCUUGAAAAAUACCAAAGUUGCCCUUUAACAGGGAGGUUUUACAUUUAUUUUUGAAAUAUUGUUGAUUUUAGCUGGUGCAUGGUUUACACUGCUUUCUUGCAGGUCUCUGUCCAACAUCCUGUACAAUCCCUUAGUUUGCCAUCAUUACUGAUCUCAUUCAGCUGGAGUUUGUUGUCAUGUGAAGUCGCUGGCUGUGUUCAGUAAACAUUUACAGACUGUUAAGACAAAUGAAAUGAAUGAAACCUUUUUUUUAUUUUAUAUUUUAGCAGUCAUUGUCAUUCUGCGAGCACACAACACUGAGCACCCAUAUGGGCAAAUGUGAUUCUCUUCUGGAGUGUUUGUGUGUCAGAGGGUGAGAGCUGCAGCAGUAAUUACAGCUUUCAGCGGUAACACUUUUUACAUAAAGUGUAUUUAAUGUGCCUUGAGGCUGAUGUGAUAAAAGCGUCAUUCACGCAGACUGCUUUUACUUCCUGCUAAAGGAAAUAUCUGCUUUUGUUUCCCAGCAAUCUCACGCCAUAGACUAGGAAGAAUCCAUUGAUCUCCUGUGUUUUAUUACUGCCAGUGAA